GAAAAACAAGCGUUUCCAAGUGUUACUGCAUCGGGGAUCUUUUAGCUUGAUGCAGGGGUGCUGCUGUCGAAAGCCAACACAUUAAGAAAAUAUAAGGCUAAACACACUUAAUUGAUACCGGGUUGUUUUUCCUCGUCUAUCCUGGAAGAUGGUGGCGAAGCAGAGGAUCCGCAUGGCCAACGAGAAACACAGCAAGAACAUCACGCAGAGAGGAAACGUAGCCAAGACUCUGCGACCACAGGAGGAGAAGUAUCCUGUGGGCCCCUGGCUGCUCGCCCUCUUUGUAUUUGUUGUGUGCGGGUCAGCCAUAUUUCAGAUCAUCCAGAGUAUCCGUAUGGGGAUGUGAUCCAGAAGGAGCUUCUAUACUCCCCGUCCCCAACCCCCAUACCCUCACUGAGCCCUGCGAGCCCACACCUGCACAGCCCUUGGACCCUUUCCAAAGGCCCAGAGACUGACACCAAAGCUUUAAGAUCAAGCAGACCUUGGAGAGAGAAGCUCCCCCAACCAGCCCCUCCUCGAGACAACCCCCUGCCCUGAUCAGCAUUUACAUUGUCGCAGUCUGUGGUACUGACAGCUUUUCUAUAGACAGUCUAAAACCACACCGGCUGAGGAACAUGUGUGUCUCAUCACUCACUUGGCACUUGUGUGUGUCUGUUGUGUGUGAUUAUGAAGGUGUGAUUGUUGUUAUGAGAGUAUGUUUGGCCAGUGAUUCCUGCUGACGAUGUGCCAUAUCUCAGUUGAAGUAUUUGUCUGUGUUAUGUGAAGAGAAUCUUUUUUAUUUUCAAAUAAAUGUGGUGCAUUUAGGAAGUGCCUAGUUUUA